AUGUUCCAAGCGGAGAAAGCCGCGGAGACGGAGUUCCGGGAUGCCGAAGGGUACAACUUGGUGGGCGCUUGCUGCUCGCUGGACACCUGCGGGCUCCGGGACUUCCUGCCCUUCAUCUGCCGCUGCUGUGGUCGUAAGUUCUGCCAAGACCACGCGGACCCAGAGAAGCAUGCCUGCCCUGCGAGCGUGGAGUCCAGAGGGAUGCUGGCCAGCAUCUGCCAGUGUGGUGCUACAGUCAAGUUCGAGGACCGCCCCGGUGCGGAAGAGGAGGCGAUGGCGGCGCAUCAAAAGGUCUGCCGAUCCCAACCCGAACCUGCGCGGGAGCUGUGCCCGGCCGAGGGCUGCCGCAAGAAGCUGACGGCCAUGAACUCGGUGGUCUGCACGGAGUGCAAGACCAAGGUCUGCCUGAAGCACCGCUUCGAGGACCAGCAUCCCUGCAGGGAGAGCAAGGGCCAAUGGCUGGCGCGGCUGUCGAAGCCUGCCACGAACGGCGCAGUCGCGAAUGGCGCGGGGGGCUGCGCGCCGAAGGCGCAGAACUGGGGCAGCGGCGCCUCCGGACGCAGGAGCGAGGAGCCGGAGGCGGCGAAGGAUGCCAAGGAGUUUGGCUUCCUUGGCUUCGGGGAGCUGCAGAAGCUGCGGGCGCAGCUGGGCGGCACGGAGGAGCAGAAGGCCAACUGCCUGCAGACCUUGCGCAAGCUUCUCUCCAAUGUGGCCGCGGAUCCCACGAACGAGAAGUUCCGCACCGUGAAGCGGGAGAACAAGGCGAUCAAGGAGAAGAUCUUGGACGUGCCCGGGGGGGAGGAGCUCAUGAAGGGCCUGGGCUUCAUCGACGCGGAGUCCUCUUUGCAGCUGCCGGCUGCCGUCCGCGCCGAGCGGAUCCAGGCGCUGCUGCGCCUGGUGCUCCCGAUGGACGAGCUGGUGCUGACGGAGAUGCGGUUUUUGGACGCCUUGUGUCUGGAGCCCUUGAAGGAAGUAGAUCUCGCCAGGCUCGCCGCCUGCCGCGUGGGAUGCGCGAAGCCAAGCCGAGCCCCAGCGAGAAGCCGAGCGGAGACCGAGACGGCUGACGGCCGGCGAGUGGGCCGCGCGAGGGCGGAGGUCGAAUGA